UUUGUGCACUUCUAGAGCAGUAGCUUCAUCACACGCUGACAGUACAUCGAGUCCUGGGAUAUCUAAAGCUGGCUGCGAGUUUGAAGAUUUACGUGGCUCUUGCUUCGCCUGCGAAUGUGUCUGAAGCCGAUAAGUCUCAUCAUGCGCUUCCUCAGCCACUUUUGACUCUCGAAAGGUAGCCUCAAUCUGCUCUUGUCAGGAUAUUCGCUACGGUACCUAGAUCAUUUUUCAGUUAUUAAUUUAGGAGUCUUCUGGAGGCAUCGGCGCCCCCAAGCACAAGAUCACAGGCAAGCCGGCAGAAGUGAUGUCGAAAGGAAAGAGCAAUGUCUACCAUCAACGCUCGACCAGCAACGGUGGCCACCUUUCUCCUGUCUUGUUACCAAAACAUCAUAUCGCUCGGUCAAUCCCUUUACAAACAUUGUAUUUCCGCUUUCCUUAUCAUUGUCAAAUUGUUACAUCUUGUAUCUCCUCCAUACUAUAUAUACUACUUUUCACUCUCGCUCACGAUGGCGGAACCUUUCGUUCAAUUCCCUCUACCUCCACAUUCCGAAUUUUGCGCAGCAGGGAGCGAAUGUGCAUACUGUUUCACGAUUCUCCAGCGGCAUAAUCAGCCCUUCCUGGCAAAGCUCGACAAUCGUUUUCUCGUUGACCGCUUCAAGUUCCACGAAUCAACUCGAAUUCAUACCGUUGACCUCAGUGCUUCAACGUGUAAGAUUAUGAAAAGGAAUGCUGCCAUUCUACGAGAACAGAUAGCUUGUCAAUAUACUACAAACGAUGACCGAAGGGAUAGCGCAAGUGACAGCAUGCCUACGUGCGAGUUCUGUGGGAGGAAGGUGUUUCAUGCUGAAGACGAAAGAGUCAUCUUGCUUAAGCAAGAUUGGCUACCAUUGAACUUACAAGUGGAAUGUGGUAUAUGCGACAGGGGGUCUUUCGCGCUUAGUAGAUGCUGACCAUUAUAUGGCAGACAUAGAGCCACAAUGGUGCUAUGUGCGUUCCAAGAGCAUGUACCCCGGCCCGUACGGUUUUGUUAAAGACAUUUGUCGACAUUCAGACGAAAGGUCGUCUCCUGAUACGGUUCCGAUGGCCGAACAACUCAGUGCUCCGUUGAGCACCGUCACCGCAUCAACGGGAAUGGAUCUUCCAGAUAGCUCAAAAUUCGAAUAUCUCACUCAGAUGGACACUGUUGAUGCGCAUGGGCUACAUGUACGACGGGACGAAACCGAAGGCGGAGUAGGGCCUU